CGAACCGGUCGGACCUAACUGUGCUAGUGAACGGCCGCCAGAAUGUGGAUUCCGCCGAGAGAAUGUUCGAUGCCGUUCGCACUGUGGGUUAACGAAACGACGAAGCUUACCUCGCGCUACUUCCUGCUGCAGCACCGAAAGGGCCACGGCAGCCUGCGCGGCUUCUCGUCGAUGCUCGUCGGCACGCUGGACAACGUUCUGGACACUCGGCCGUCACCGUACCGCAUCUUGCAUUACCAACCCUCGACGGGUCUAUGCUACGAAAUUGCCGCUGACAUCACACUGGAAGCCAUCAUGAUCGACUGGGAGUGGCUGGCGAAGAAUCUGUUUCGCGUCAUCAAUGAGAUGGAAACGGAGGAGGAAAUCACCAACUUUACGAUCUGCAAAAUACAGUCCCUGCUCGCACACACCGGCCGGCCAUCGGAGGAACAGAACGAUCCGACCAGCUUCCAGGUGGCGGUGUGCAAGUUUCGCGAAAAGUUUCGCAUGCCUGAGGACGAGAAGCUGGUCAACUACUACUACUGCAGCUACUUCCGCAAGAUACCGCGCCAGGGACAGCUCUACUUGUCGCUCAACCACAUCUGCUUCUACUCCUACAUACUGGGGUCGGAGAGCAAGCUGUGCUUUCGCUACAACGAGCUGACCGAAAUCAAAAAGUCGGGCAACACGAUCACGCUGCGGGCGGGCCAGGCCAAGGAGUACACGUUCGUGUUUCUCUACUCGCCCGGCGAAGCGUACCAGCUGAUCGAGCAGCUGAGCAAGCUGACGAUGCAAAAGAUGAUACAGGAUCCGAACCAGCCGCUCGUCGACCACGAUCCGGUGGUGCUGAAGAAGUCGGAAAAGAAUGUGGCCCAGAAGACGCAGCUACUGCGCGACCUGACGGCCCGCCAACAGUCGGAUGAGUACCGGAUACACUUUCGCGUGCCAAAAACCGAAAUACUUGACGGUAUGAUCAAGGCAUCGCUAUGGGCACCGUAUGCCAAGAAGCACAUCAACGGCGUACUGUAUUUGUCGCAGAACUACCUGUGCUUCAAAAGCGAGAUCGCGUCAGUGGUGGCGCUCGUCAUUCCGCUCAGUAAGAUAGUAAGCGUUGAAAAGAAUGAAGAUCCCCACAAUCGGUUCAUCAACCGGAUUAUCAUCACCACGUCCGAUGGAAGCAUUUUCGUACUGCAGCACAUUCUGGACCGUGAGUUCCUGAUAAACAAAAUUUCGGAAUUGCUCUCCAAAACGGUUCCACCGGCGCGAACCCACGAUGAUUUGGAUUGGGUGAAGCAGGAACCUCUAAUGCACCUCUACAAGGAUCCCAACAACCGCGCGUUCGAUGACAUGCAAGCGGAGAAGAUGAAACGCUGGGAGGAACACUUCUCACUGUACGGGCGUAACAUUUCGAUGUUCCGCACCACGGACACGAUCAAUCUCGUCAUCGAGGGCAUCCCGGACCAAUUGCGGCGCGAAAUUUGGAUGAUCUUUUCCGGUGCGAUCCACAUGAAAAUGAUGAACCCGGGCCUGUAUCAGGAAUUGGUGACGCGGGCAAAAGAUCAAAGCCCGGUGUCGUUCGAGGAGAUCGAGCGCGAUCUACAUCGAUCGCUACCGGAGCAUCCGGCUUUCCAGACAAACAUAGGCAUUACGGCGCUGAGAAGGGUGCUGCAGGCGUACGCUCUGCGCAACCCGGAGAUUGGCUACUGCCAAGCGAUGAACAUUGUCACGUCCGUGUUUCUCAUCUAUUGCGACGAGGAGGACGCGUUCUGGAUACUGUGCUGCCUGUGCGAGUCGUUGCUGCCGGAUUACUACAACGAUCGUGUCGUCGGGGCACAGAUUGAUCAGGGGCUGCUGGACGAACUGAUCGCGGGUCAGCUGCCCAGCUUACACGUCAAACUGUCCGAGCUGGGCAUGAUACGCAUGAUAUCGCUGUCCUGGUUCCUUACGAUCUUUCUCAGCGUGAUGCCGUACGAAAGUGCGCUUCACAUCAUCGACUGCUUUCUUUGUGAUGGCGCAAAAGUGAUUUUCAUUAUAGCUUUAAAAAUUCUCGAAUGGAACCAGGAAAAGUUGCUCGAGUGCACCGAUGAUGGCGAGGCGAUGCAACUGCUCUCCACCUUCCUGAUGGGCAUUUUUAACGACGAGGUACAACGGAUCAGGAUCAUCGAUAAGGAGAAACAGCAGGUUAAAAGCCAAUCCGUGCAGACGCUCAUCUACGAAGCCUAUAUGAAAUUCGGCAAAGCAAUAACAUCACAAAAGAUUGAAGAGCUGCGUAACAAACACCGACGCAUAACCGUCCACCAGCUCGAAAAGGAUUUGGAAAAUAGUGUGAUAAAAAACUACAAAGACAAUGGGUACUUCGAUGGUGAAGAGCUGCGAAUGUUGCUGUGCUACACAAAGGAUGAGAAGAUAAGCGUCAAGAAUCGAGCCCGGCCGUCCUCGGUCAACAGCAGUGAGCCGGUUUUCGAUAUGGCCGUGCUGAACGAUGCCAAGAAACGGUUUCGCGAUAACCGCUAUGACUGCUUCCGGGUGGACUACGAAACCUUUCGCAAACUGUUCGUCGAUCUAACACCGUGGGGCCACUGUCAGAAUAUCGACGUGGCUGAGAAGCUGUUUCGUCUAAUGGACAAACAAUCGGCCGGUUAUCUCGAGUUUAAACAGCUGAUUUUCGCGAUCGGCAUCAUUUGCUCAAAGCGUGCAACGGAGAAGCUGAAACUGCUGUACAUUCUACACCUGCCGCCGCUCCUCAGUGCUCAAGAACUGGAAACGAGCAGCGUGUGUGAAUCUCGCGACUCGGACACCGAGGUCGCCACGGAAGCGGAAAGCUUCUUCAGUGACAAUCCGAUGGAAACGAUCAAAUCGCUCCCGUCACCGAUCGACAUCAGUCUCGAGGCGACUGAUGUUGAAAGUCUGUCGUUGUCGCACUUCAACGCAACGCCCAACCUGUCGAUAGAUGAAACAUCGACGAAUGCGGAAACGUCGUCAAUAUUCUACGUCGAUCUACCGACCACGAGCAGCAGCAUGAUCGGCGGAACGGCAGGUGGCAGCGCCAGCGGUGGUGCGGUGGCUGGCACAUCCGGUCACAACAAUGCCAAUCUCGGUGAAACGGAAUCGUUCGGUUCGCGGUCAGACAUAAGCGACCUUGGCUUUAACCGAUACAGUCUCGAUGAAAGCGUCAGCCGACGCGGGCUUAGUGGGGCCACGGCGGCCACGACCGAAGCACGCAGCAUUAGCGGUUUGCGCAUUUUUCUCGACGAACCGGACUCGAACUUUACGUACAAAACCAUUCCAAACAUGGGACAGAAAAAUUUCAUCUCCCUCUGGACCACGUUGCUAGAGAUUUUGAACAAAGAGCAGAGAGUUACCGACCAACAGGUGCAAACGUCUUAUAAAACACUGAUUUCACUCGGGGAGGAUGUUGCCUUCAGUGGACGGGACGAUAGCAACGAUAGUUUCACCCAACUUGCCUUUCCUGCAGUGGAAGGUGGUGAAAUGUUUCAGUUCGACCCGAACGGUAAUCCGUCAUCGUCCAGCUCGGAACGUACACCUAAGCGGCGGGGCUCCAAGACAACCGCAGGCCAUAACUCGGAAACGCUGUGGGAAAUAUCCCUCAAUCAGUUCGUAGCGACCGCCAUGUCCGUCGGUGUUAUCGAGGAACAGUUUUCGCUCCCGUUUUCGAUUAAGUCACGUGUCGAAACGCUGCAAAAAAAUCGCCGAAAGUGUAAAAGCUAAAAGAGAAAGAGAAUUUGAAACGCGCCCAGCGCUGCGUAUUGUUUGGCGCGUUGUUAAUACAGCAAUCGUUGCUGGUGCUAUUGUUAAUUAUCUGGGCGAAUGUUAACUAUCGCUCGAUCACAUUCACACAUUUGCUGCACGUUUUGAGUUCGUUAUGUUGGUCUCCGACACGGGGCAGCAUGGGGGGGGGGGGGGCUAAUCGUUGCCGGCCCUUUCUCCAGUUCCAUUCGAUUAUGAUCGAUUCACAUGAUUCCUCGAAAAAGGGCAGCCGAGCCGCGCGGAACCGCCGAUGGGAAUGUUUAUACAAAUUCGGAAAUUCCUUUUGCUAGCACUGGCUGUGGAGCAGACUCUCUCUCUCUAUGUUUCGAAUCGAAUCGAACUCGUGUGUGGCAAAAACUAGGCGGUCCACGGUACGAGUUUCAGUUGGUGGCUUUUACUGUACCCAGCAGCACACUGUUAAGUUACGCUUCAACAUAAACAUUCUAUAGAGCGCUAUUU